AUGUAUGUGAAAGUGGAGAAUACACGGUUGGAUUUUCGAAAAAAUCAGCAUACUAUAAGAGCAGAUCUCUAUCAAGGAAUCCUAGAUACUAUUAGUUGUGGAGAAAACUGUGCAGCAAAUGUGGGUCGUAAAGUCAUCUUACCACCAACAUUCAUUGGUGGUCCUCAAGACCUUAAAAAGAGGUACCUAAAUGCAAUGUCAUUAGUUCAAAGGUUUGGUAAGCCUGAUCUCUUCAUUACAAUGACUUACAAUGCUAAUUGGCCUGAAAUUAAACAAGAACUUGAUGUUGGAGAAAAAGCACAAGACAGACCAGAUAUAGUUGCAAGGAUCUUUAGAGCAAAAGUUCUUGCUUUAAAGCAUCUGAUAAUAAAGAAAAACGUAUUUAGAGAGGUUGCAGCAAUGAUCUAUGUCAUUGAAUUCCAGAAGAGAGGCUUACCUCAUGCUCAUUUUUUAGUCAUUUUAAAGCAAGACUACAAAAUCAAAUGCCCUUCUGAUUUUGAUAAAUUUGUAUGUGCUGAAAUACCAUAUGUUGCUAAUAGCUAUCUUAGGAAAGUUAUACUCAAGCACAUGAUGCAUUGUCCAUGUGGUCAUUUGGAUCCAGAUUGUCCUUGCAUGAAGCACAAGGAAAGUCGUGGUCGUUGUAAGUAUGGUUACCCAAAGCAGUUAUGCGAUGAAAUAAGGAAUAGCAGGGAUGGUUAUCCAAUGUAUCGAAGAAAAGACACAAGAGAAACUGUUACAGUUCAAAAAAUAGUAAUGGAUAAUAAAUGGGUAAUUCCAUAUAAUCCAUAUCUUUCUUCACAUUUUGACUGUCACUUAAACGUUGAAGUUUGCUCUACAAUAGAGGUUGUCAAGUAUUUCUAUAACUAUGUAUAUAAAGGCCAUGACAUAAUAUCUUUCAAUGUUGUUCAGUUUAAAGAUGUUGUGCCUGCCCAGGAUGAAAUAGAACAGUAUCAAUCAGGCCGAUGGGUUUCCCCCUGUGAAGCCGCUUGGCGUCUUUUUGGUUUUGAUAUGUACGAAAUGCUUCCACCAGUUUUGCCUCUUCCUGUAAAUUUACCCAAUUCUCAAAUAAUCCAACUUAGGCCUCAUGAACAGCUGACAUUAGUGAUUUCAGAUGAUAAGCGUUCUAGGACAUGUCUUACAGAGUUCUUUCGAAUGAAUGCUAAACUACCUUCUGGAACAGGAUUACUAUACAAUGAGUUUUCAGAGCACUAUCAUUGGGAUGCAUCUGACAAGUAUUGGUAUAAGAGACAGAAUAAGAAGAUAGUCAUUGGUAGGUUGGAAUUUGUUGGACCUUCAGAAGGAGAAAGGUAUUUUCUUAGAUUAUUGUUGCAUAAUGUUAAGAGUCCAAAGUCAUUUGAAGAUCUGCGUACAGUUAAUGGUCAUGUAUUUUACACCUUUCAUCAAGCUGCACUUAAAUUAAAGUUAUUAGAAGAAGAUGAUUCAGUUGAUUUAUGUUUGAAAGAAGGGUGUGAUGUUCAAAUGCCACUUGCAGUUCGCAAGCUCUUUGCAACUGUGCUUAUAUUUUGUCAGCCUAGCGAUCCUGUCUCUCAUUGGAUGAAAUAUUAUACCUUUCUGUCUGGAGAUUUUAAGCAUAAGUAUCCUUCUAAUCCACAAAAAUUUAGGCAUCUUAUUGUUAAAUCAGUUGAGUGGUUCUUAGAAUCAAUGGGGAGUUCUCUUGCUAAAUAUGGGUUAGACCAUUUAGUUGAACCUAAUGAUGAUGAAAUACGCAUAACAAAAGACAUAGAUGAUGCAUUGAAUGCUCCAAUACCAGAACAAUGUCUGGAAUGCAAAAAUCAAUUGAAUCAGGCUCUACGAGAGGCAUUUGAUGUGAUAAUGGAUCAUGUUACAAGGCAAGUGCCUGGAGCUUUUUUCAUAAAUGGUCCUGGUGGAACAAGCAAGACCUUUUUAUAUAAUGCUUUAUAUGCAGAGAUAAGACUCAUGAAUAGCAGCAUCUAA